AAAAACAUUAUUAAAACAAAAAAAAAUGAAGUUUCAAUAUAUCUUCUUAUUAAUCAUUGUUUUCUUAACUUAUGUUCAAGCUAAAAGUUGCCCCAUUCAAAUUACUGGCAGCAAGUGGGCUAGUACAACCGGAGGCAAUCCUGGUUGUUAUGGACUAAACGUCCCCGGAGCUUACAAAGUCGCUACACCUCCUGGAUGCUGUUACCAAUUUUUCGACGAUUUUGGCUGCAAGGGUAAAAGGCUUGGUGUUGUGCAUUGUGGUAAUAGCAAUUUUCCUCCAAUUUCGCCUAAAUCAGUCACAAUUUGGUGAUAAUUUUUUGGUACACAUUUACAUAGUUUUCAGUCUGGUAAUACAUAUAUAAUCAGUUAUCUAUUGAUUUUCUAUUAAUGUAUAUAUUAGAGGUUGAAAUAGAAUUUUUUUUAACAGUCCUAUUAUUGUUUGAUUUUGAUACUAUGAAAUAAAUAAAUAAAUCUUUUUAGCAAUUAAAUGUGCCGAGAAAAAC